GUUCAUUAACAAUUCACAGAUGAAAAAAUGUCAAAAAAGAAAGCAUUCACUCCUCUUUUAUAUCUUGUAUCUAUCGUAUUUUUGCCCUGGUGGAUUUCUCUCUUAUUUCAAAAAAGUCUGGAAUCGUGGGUUACUAAUUGGUGGAAUACUAGGCAAUCCGAAACUUUUUUGAAUGAUAUUGAAGAAAAGAGUAUUCUAGAAAAAUUCAUAGAAUUAGAGGAACUCCUCUUCUUAGAGGAAAUGAUCAAGGAAUACUCGGAGACACAUCUACAAAACCUUCGUAUAGGAAUUCACAAAGAAACAAUCCAAUUAAUCAAGAUACAAAACGAGGGUCGUAUUCAUACGAUUUUGCACUUCUCGACAAAUAUAAUCUGUUUCAUUAUUCUAAGUGGUUAUUCUAUUUUGGGUAAUAAAGAACUUGUUAUUCUUAACUCUUGGGCCCAGGAAUUCCUAUAUAACUUAAGUGACACAAUAAAAGCUUUUUCUCUUCUUUUAUUAACUGAUUUAUGUAUCGGAUUUCAUUCGCCCCAUGGUUGGGAAUUGAUGAUUGGCUUUGUCUACAAGGAUUUUGGAUUUGUUCAUAAUGAUCAAAUUAUAUCUGGCCUUGUUUCCACUUUUCCAGUCAUUCUAGAUACAAUUUUAAAAUAUUGGAUUUUCCGUUAUUUAAAUCGUGUAUCUCCGUCACUUGUAGUGAUUUAUCAUUCAAUGAAUGACUGAAAAAUGUCUACCUAAUCCAAUUAUAAUGUUUCUUACUUUGCAGUUGUACCAUUGAAAAUCCCUUUCUAUUUCUACCCAUCCCGGAGAUUCAUCCUAUAUUCCUAUAGAUUAAUCGAGUCAAAUUAUUCCAGUAAAUAACAGAAUCGUGGAUAGGAAACUCCAUUAGUGACCUACCCCAAUUUAUUGUAGAAAUUUUCGGGAUCAAUGAUUGGACCAUGCAAACUAGAAAUACUUUUUCUUGGAUAAAGGAACAGAUUACUCGAUCUAUUUCCGCAUCGCUCAUGAUAUAUAUAAUAACUCGUACAUCCAUUUCAAAUGCAUAUCCCAUUUUUGCACAGCAGGGUUAUGAAAAUCCACGAGAAGCGACUGGGCGUAUUGUAUGCGCCAAUUGCCAUUUAGCUAAUAAACCAGUGGAUAUUGAGGUUCCGCAAGCGGUACUUCCCGAUACUGUAUUUGAAGCAGUUGUUCGAAUUCCUUAUGAUACGCAACUGAAACAAGUUCUUGCUAAUGGUAAAAAGGGAGGUUUGAAUGUGGGGGCUGUUCUUAUUUUACCAGAGGGUUUUGAAUUAGCCCCUCCCGAUCGUAUUUCCCCCGAGAUAAAAGAAAAGAUGGGUAAUUUGUCUUUUCAGAGCUAUCGCCCCAAUCAAAAAAAUAUUCUUGUCAUAGGCCCUGUUCCUGGUCAGAAAUAUAGUGAAAUCACCUUUCCUAUUCUUUCCCCGGACCCCGCUACUAAGAAAGACAUUCACUUCUUAAAAUAUCCUAUAUACGUAGGUGGAAACAAGGGAAGGGGCCAGAUUUAUCCUGACGGGAGCAAAAGUAACAAUACAGUUUAUAAUGCUACAGCAUCAGGUAUAGUAAGCAAAAUCCUACGAAAAGAAAAGGGGGGAUACGAAAUAACCAUAGCGGAUGCGUCGGAUGGACGUCAAGUGGUUGAUAUUAUCCCUCCGGGGCCAGAACUUCUUGUUUCAGAAGGCGAAUCUAUCAAAUUGGAUCAACCGUUGACAAGUAAUCCUAAUGUAGGCGGAUUUGGUCAGGGAGAUGCAGAAAUAGUACUUCAAGAUCCAUUACGUGUACAAGGCCUUUUGUUCUUCUUCGCAGCUGUUAUUUUGGCACAAAUAUUUUUGGUUCUUAAAAAGAAACAGUUCGAGAAAGUUCAAUUGUCCGAAAUGAAUUUCUAAACUCGCGAAUUUAUCGACAUCAAGUUUGUAAAAAGAACCAAAUUCUUUUUAGUAAUUAUGAUAUAAAAAAUGAAAUUAUAAAAGCCUUUUUUGUUUAUACUCGUUUUCUACGAGAUGCCGGUGAUUUCUUGUACCAUAUUUCUAGCCAUAGUAUGUAGAUUGUGAAGAAGACUAUUUGACUUGACCCCUUCUUUCUUUGUCUUUUUUUUUUUUUUAUCAAAAUUGGGGUGAUGUUAUUAUAUUACUAUUGUGAGAUUGAAAUGUCAUAAAAUGCAUUUGAUUCUAAUACAAUUCACUUUGGCUAGAUCCUAUCCAAAAG